AUGAGAGUUAUCUCGUUCGUUUUGCUCGCCGCCCUCGUGGCAUAUUCAUUCUGUGAAGAGGAAGCACCCGCCGACAAAGAGAAGCUGGGAACCAUCAUCGGAAUCGAUUUGGGAACCACCUACUCGUGCGUUGGAGUAUUCAAGAACGGACGUGUUGAAAUCAUCGCCAACGAUCAAGGUAUGUUAUCGAUUUACACGAUACAACGUAAUUUUACUUUUUUCAGGAAACCGUAUCACUCCGUCUUAUGUGGCAUUCUCUGGAGAACAAGGAGAGCGACUCAUCGGAGACGCCGCCAAGAACCAGCUGACCAUCAAUCCGGAGAACACCAUCUUCGAUGCUAAACGUCUUAUUGGACGGUUCUACAAUGACAAGACCGUUCAGGCCGACAUCAAGCACUGGCCAUUCAAGGUAUGCAUUUGAAGAAAGCGUUCCGAAUUCAACAGUAUUCUUCAGAUUCUCGACAAAGCCAACAAGCCACAUGUCCAAGUCAAAGUUGGAUCUGAGCAGAAGACUUUCACUCCAGAGGAGGUCUCCGCCAUGGUUUUGACCAAGAUGAAGCAAAUCGCUGAGUCGUACCUUGGACACGAAGUGAAGAACGCCGUCGUCACUGUCCCGGCUUACUUCAACGACGCCCAGAGACAGGCCACAAAGGACGCUGGAACUAUCGCCGGACUCAACGUUGUCAGAAUCAUCAAUGAGCCUACGGCCGCGGCGAUUGCCUACGGACUGGACAAGAAGGAGGGAGAGCGCAACAUCCUCGUGUUCGAUCUUGGAGGCGGUACCUUCGACGUUUCGCUUCUUACCAUCGACAACGGAGUCUUCGAGGUUCUUGCUACCAACGGAGAUACCCACUUGGGAGGAGAAGACUUCGAUCAACGCGUUAUGGAGUACUUCAUCAAACUGUACAAGAAGAAAUCUGGAAAGGAUCUCCGCAAGGAUAACCGUGCCGUCCAGAAGCUUCGUCGUGAAGUUGAGAAGGCCAAGAGAGCUCUGUCCACCCAGCACCAGACCAAGAUCGAGGUAAAGCUUAUAAGAAUAGUUCAUUUCCUAUUUAAUAAUUUCAGAUCGAAUCUCUGUUCGACGGUGAGGACUUCUCCGAGACCCUAACGCGUGCCAAGUUCGAGGAGCUCAACAUGGAUCUCUUCCGUGCAACCUUGAAGCCAGUUCAGAAAGUUCUUGAAGACGCCGACAUGAAAAAGACGGAUGUUCACGAGAUUGUUCUUGUCGGAGGAUCUACCAGAAUCCCGAAGGUUCAGCAACUCAUCAAAGAUUUCUUCGACGGAAAGGAACCAUCUCGCGGAAUCAAUCCAGAUGAGGCAGUUGCCUAUGGAGCCGCCGUUCAAGGAGGAGUUAUCGGAGGAGUUGAGAACACCGGAGACGUCGUUCUUCUCGAUGUGAACCCGCUCACUAUGGGUAUCGAGACCGUCGGAGGAGUUAUGACUAAGCUGAUCACCAGAAACACCGUCAUCCCAACUAAGAAGAGUCAGGUCUUCUCGACUGCUGCCGAUAGCCAGAGUGCUGUCUCCAUCGUUAUCUACGAGGGAGAGCGGCCAAUGGUGAAGGACAACCACAAGCUCGGAAACUUCGAUUUGACUGGAAUCCCACCAGCUCCACGUGGAGUCCCACAAAUCGAAGUCACUUUCGAAAUUGACGUCAACGGAAUCCUGCACGUCAGUGCCGAGGACAAGGGAACCGGAAACAAGAACAAGAUCACUAUCACCAAUGAUCACAACCGUCUGAGCCCCGAAGACAUCGAACGCAUGAUCAACGACGCCGACAAGUUUGCCGCUGAUGACGCUGCUGUGAAGGAGAAGGUCGAGUCGAGAAACGAGCUCGAGUCGUACGCCUACCAGCUGAAGUCUCAAAUCGGUGAUAACGAGAAACUUGGAGGAAAGCUGUCUGAUGACGACAAGACGACGAUCGAGUCGGCCGUGGAGAGAGCUAUCGAGUGGCUUGGAAACAACCAGGAAGCUACUACCGAAGAGAACAAGGAAGCUAAGAAGGUAAGAACUGACCGUAGUAUUGAUCGGAAAUAAUGAUUUUAUUUCAGGACCUCGAAUCGGUUGUACAACCGAUCAUCUCGAAGCUCUACGGAAAUCAAGGAGAGCAGGCCCCUGAAGAGCCAGCGGAGGACCACGACGAGCUGUAA